AGGUGUGUGUAAUCUUAAACAUCAGAAAUAAAAUGAUCUAUGAUCUCUCUCUAUCCGCUGCCUUAUAAUUCAUCUGCCAGAAAUUACAUUCCAGCUGUACUUCAAGAUAAUGCAAAUAAAACAUGUCCAAAGCAUGUUUACAAAAUUAUAUAUGGAAUACCAAUUAAUGCGUGAAGAAAACUUAGAUUUCACUUAGCUACGUCUCAUUUGGUCACUAGUGGAGGCUUUAUGAUGGCCAUUGCCUGAUAAGGUGGUGUUACACACGUCUACACAACUUUAUCCUUGAUAGAGGCACCAAAGACAACACCAUGUGAUAUCUCAUGUGCAUGCCCUCCAUCCUUUAACAGUCGUUUUUACUAGGAAUUGGGUUUAAACAUCUUAGAAGCUAUAUAUACUGUAUCCUUUGUCUUCACAAACAACACAUGCCCUUGCAAUACUCAAGCAACAACACUUAGUCAUUCUUCAAAAAUUUGAGAUUGUUCUUCUUCCUUCAAUCAAACACCAAAAAAUGGGUUUUCGUUUACCUGCUAUUCGACGGGCAUCCUUCACAGCUAGCCAAGCAGCUUCAAGAUCUGUAGAGGUUCCUAAGAGCUUUCUUGCAGUGUAUGUUGGAGAGAAACAAAAGCGGUUUGUGAUUCCAAUAUCAUACUUAAACCAACCUUCUUUCCAAGACCUGUUGAGUCAAGCUGAGGAAGAGUUUGGAUAUGAUCAUCCAAUGGGUGGACUCACAAUUCCUUGUAGUGAAGAUGUUUUCCAACAUAUAACUUCUCGGUUGAAUGGACAAUAGAUUCCACACUGUGGGAGACUGACAUAAACUAGUAGAUACAUUUUUAUACAAUAGGAAUCUUCUCAACUUUGUAAAUAUUAUAUAUCAAUUUUGAGUAAUGACAAUGAAUUCAAUUGCUAGUAUUUCUUUUAUCAUAUAUACAAUGUUCAAUUCUCUCUGCAAUUAGAGCCGUGGUGAGUGGUGACUAUUAGGAGGUUGUUUGCUGAAAAUCAGAAAAAAAGACUUGAUUGUCAUCAUGAAUUCCACAUGCAUGCUUAAAAAAUCUGGAAAAACUAAUAGCAUUUUGUUAGGGCCAAAGAGACUCUUGAAUUUAUUGGAGACUUUUCAGUUGUAUAUUAAGUUAAUAACUCAAAAAAA